UUUUCUGUUUCUCGCUGAAGUCUUUACCAACACCCGGCGUUUGUAAUGGAUGAGUCUUCGCAGUUUUUAUUUCAACAGGCUUUAUUUUAAAGGAUAUGGCCCUGGUUUGUUGUGCUAUGUUAGUAUAAAAGGGCAAAUUGGUCUUUCAGGCUUUCUUUUGUUGGCUACGUUUGUUGACUCAACGCAAGGUUAGCUAACUUCGCUAACGUGUGCUAACGUAAGCUGAAGAAGUUAAAGUCGCGUUAACUGUUUAAUGUACAGUCUGACUUCCCACUGUCUGUAUUUGGUAAAGUGGCUUCUUUAUAGCUGCCGAAGUGGCAUUUAGAUAACGCUUAGCGUUAGCUAUAACGUGGUUUGUAAGCUAAACGCUCCUGGGGGGGUUUGCUUGAAUCAGCCAGCUUACGUUACCAGCUGCUAAAAUGAUGGACUUUGAUAAUAUAUUGUCCAUCGCCUCUCAAAACCAGGGCCUCAGCAAUGUCCAGACAAAGAGAUACAGUUUACAAGCUGGACCACCCAAAAAGGACCCACGGUCGAAAGGUGUAAGUUCUGCUGCGGUACAGGCACUUCUGAAGAAGCAGCAUAUUGAGACCAAACAGAAAGAAAUUCAAUUGAAGAAAAAGAAAGAGGUACUUCUCGCCAAGCGGGUAGAGUUGAAGUCAGAUCGUAAAGCACGAGCCAUGGCUUCAAGAACAAAGGACAAUUUCAGAGGUUACAAUGGCGUCCCCGUGGUGGAGACUCCUAAGAAGAGGAGAUCAAAACAUGAAAUGGAUGAAAAAUCAGGGGAUGGGGAAACAUUUAGGAAUUACUCAAUUGACCCAGAAGAUGAUGAAGAUAAUUAUGAGUACGAACAGACAGAUUCAGAGCCAGAGCCAGAGCCGGAGCCACUGAGACCAGGGAAAAACUCAGGUUUUAGUGGAAGUAGCAGUGGCAGCAGCAAGCCCUCCUCUAAAAAAAACAAUGGGCCCACCAAGCCUCCUCCAGCCAUGAACUUUGCAGAUUUGUUAAAAUUGGCAGAGCAGAAACAGUUUCAGCCAGUUGAGCUAAAAACCAAGGUAGUGAAAAAGGAAGAAAGACUCCGCACAGCUGAUGAGAUAAGGGAAAUGGAGAUGGAGCGAAAGGUUAAGAGACGAGACAAAGACUCAAAGUCAGACAGAGAAAGAGACCACAAGCCUCAAUCUAGCUCUAGUUCAAUCAGAAAAAGCACUUCAGACAAGGAACAGAAGAAUUUAAAACCACAAAGGAACUCCUUGGAAAAACAAGGUCAGCCCAGUGGGACAGGGAAGAAGUCACAUCCAACACUAACAAGUGAUAAAGGCCACUCUUCUUCGAAGCCCCCUGCUGGUGACAGAGAAAGAGAUAGACCCAUCCCCAAGAUGUCUUACAGUGAUAGAGACAGACCCAAGACAAGUUUGUCUAGUUCAUCUGGUGCCAUGAAUAGCAAAGUUUCUUCGAAAACCACAUCUUCUCAGGUUUCAGCCAAACAGGGGGGUGGGAAGCCCUCAUCUAGCCACAAAUCCAGCACCUCAAGUGACCUUAGCUUCAAAAAAGAAAGCUCAUCUUCACUUCACAGAAGACCUUCAGGUAUUCCUGGGACCAGGCCUCCUGGUACAUCUGUAACAGGUCCAAAAUCUCAACAUGGGAGCUCCCAACAGACCAGGCCCAUCCAGGCUAGCUCAAUGAAACAAGGACCUAUAGUUGCAGGCCACAAGUCUGGAAAGGGACAACCACUAAAGUCUGGAAAUAAUUCUGCAGUAAAAUCAAGUGGUAAUUCAGUGAUGAGACCGUCAUCGAGCGGCCCUCCUAAGUCAGGGAACCAACCUCAGGCAAGGUCCGGAGGAUCCCUCCAGGCAAAAGGUAGUGGUGUCCCACAGGCCAGGCCUGGUGGGAGUAACCUACAGGGUCAUCCUGCGGGUAGAGGAGUCCGACCUCCAGGCAUGGGACCUGGUCGACCUGGUAAUGGAGGACCAAUACCUGGACGGCCGACAGGCAGCUUUGGAUCAGGACCAGGAAGACCCAAGUGCACUGUGGUGUCAGAGACCAUCUCAUCCAAGAAUUUCGGUGGACCGAGACCAGGAGUCCCUCCUCGGCCAGGCAUGCCACACAGACCUGGCAUGGCACCCAGAGGAGGAAUGCCAACCAGACCUAUGAACAGACCACCAGGUAUGAUGUUACCACCUAUCACUUCUGCAUACAAGAGGAAAUAUGAGGAUGAGGAAGAGGAGUAUGACUCAGAAAUGGACGAUUUUAUCGAUGAUGAAGGUGACGAGCAGGAUGAAAUUUCCAAACACAUUAAGGAAAUCUUUGGUUAUGAUCGAAAAAGGUACAAAGAUGAGAGCGACUAUGCACUUAAAUUCAUGGAAAGCAGCUGGAAAGAUUGUCAGAAAGAAGAGGCGAGGAGUCUGAAAAUGGCCGUGCAGGAAGAUCUGGAAGAGGAGAGAAAAGAGGAAGAGGAGCUGAAAAGACAAAAUGCCAAGAGGAAAAGAAAGAACUGAAACACUUGAACUGCGGAGAUGAACUGUGUUGCCUGAAAGAUGGGGCAGUGGGUCUGCCAUCUUAACUGUGACUGUGUCCACCUUUGGCCUAUGUUGCUUUCUUUCCGCUUCUUUCCCUUUGUCCGGACAAAAAUUAAGUGGAUUGACACAUGACAUCGAAGAAGAAGAAUUUUAGUGAAAGUCAACCAGAGAAAACUCAAAGAUAAAAUAUGCACAAAUCAUUCAGGCAUCAGACUGCUAGAAUAUAAUGAAAUGUUGUCUCAUUCUCCCUGUUAUUUUAUUUAUUUCCCCCACUGAGUGCAGGGUUUACACUGUCAGCAGUCCCAGUUUCUGUGAGGAACUGAGCUGUCAAGCAAUGCAUUAACAUAAAAAAGUGUGAUUUUCUUUUUUACCAAUAAUGGCAUACAAUGUAAAGCAUUCAUGAUGAGCUAUUUUUGAGCAGAAGUUGCAAACUUUUUCACACAAACUUUGAUUGUAAAGUCAGUUGAAUAUGCAGAAAACAUUACCACUUGAUGUGUUGUGUGUUUCUCUUAAAAAAUGAUUUGAAAGAAAUGAUUGCAUAAAGGCUUUUAUUUAAAUGUCCAUGUCAUGGAUGCUAUGUCAGAGUUUGACAAUCUCAGUAAUAUAUACAGAACUUUAUUCUA